GGUUGCGUCUGUUUGCACUUCUCUCGGGCGAAGAAAGCACGCUGCAAGCGGACAGUCUCCUCGAGACGCCACCGUUGCGCGCACGAUCCUGGAAAGGGGAUCCACCGGUUCCUCUUUUUCUCCUCGCUGUAGCACACGGAAUUCGUACAAUGAUGCGAUAUUGACGAGUCUUUCGCAGCUUCUCUGACUGUCUAGCAGAGACAUAGUCUUCGUGUAAUCCGGAGGUAGUCCUUCUCUGCUUCGCUUCCACCGAUCGGUCUUUCUUUGGAUCCGGAUCGACCUUCUCCCCUCUUCUUGAUUUCUGCGACAAACCUGCGUUUGCAGACUGCCGCAACUUUCAGAUGAUUCUCCUUUUCCCUCCUUUUGCAUCCAAAAAGAAGUCUCCGAAAUCAAAGAAUUUGAUGCCGUUUGUUGUUCUCCUGUCGAGUAUUUCUGAGUUCUUGAUUUCAUGAUGGUUUUCUCCCUUUAUUUAUUUUUUUCUUUCGGAGACAAGAAGGAAUAUGGCGUUCUUGUUCAUGUUGGUGGAGGGAGUGGUACCGAGAUUGGAUCUUGAUGGCUGUCACUUAGAUAUCUGAAUCGGUUUCUGGUAGAACACUAAGGGUGUGGUGUAGCUUUGUAAACUAUUGGGACUGUUCGUACUCGUUCGUUGCUUCGACGUACACAGAUCUUGCAUCAAACCUUUCUUCCUUCUUCUUUAAUACGAGAAGUCUGCAUUUCUCAUACUAAGUUUCCCUGUUUUCAAUGAGUGAAGAAGCAAUGGAGAGGGUUAUUGAACCUGUAACCCCUGAGGUACCAAAGCCUAGAAGUUCCGUAGGGAGAAACUCAACAGGGAAAACGAAAUCCAGAGCCUCACCAUCUUUUCCGGAAGGUGAGGAAAAGCCUCUUCCCCAUUACCUCAGAUCCUCUACAAGUUCUUGCCAUGAUUUUUGCAAGUAUGGAAAAAAGAAUGAUCUUGAAAUCAAGAAAAGACAUCCUGUUCGUCAGAAGUUUUUGGCCAAUAAAGAGAUAUCUGAAGAUGGAAAUAAUAAAACGAAUGUUGCAACCCAACAAGAGAAGCAGAAGAAAGAAAAUCCUAAGCCAGUGGUGUCUAAGGAAAAAAAUCAAGGCACCAAGAAGCCUGUGGUUGUUGAAGAGAAUGAUGUGCCACCAGAGAAGAUAAUUCAGAUUUCUGACUCACUUGCAAAUCUGGGAGAUGGAUCAGUUCAAGAAUCCUCAAGUUAUAAGUUUAAUUUUCCUUCAGAUGACCAGGCGAUGGAUGCCUUUCUUGGGCAUUCACCUGGAAGUCAAGCUGAUGAAACAUUAGAUGCAUCAACUAGCAUCAAGCUAAUGACCCUAUCGUUCGUCUCGACGAGCAAUGAAUCUACCAAGCAGAAACCAAGUAAUCGAUCAGAAAGAUCAUCUGAGACGAAUGCAAGCAUCAAUCUUGUUCAGAAAGCAACUGAGAAUGGUGAGCUUGCACCUACGGAAGAAUCAUCUGCUGAACCUGUUAUAAUAAAGUUUAUGAUUUCAUCAUCAAUGCAUAUGACUGUCAUGGAAGACAAAGGAUCUGCUGAGCAUAUAGCAUCCUGCCGAUCAUACACAUCACCUGAUGAAUCGAUAGGAUCACUCAGAUCAUCUGAUUUACUCUCAAGCAUGAAACCUGAGAAUUCUGAGGAUGUGACGUCGGCCGGGAAUCGACAUGCCAAUGGUGCAGAAGGAUAUAUCGAGGAAGAUAUAGCUGUGAAACAAGAAGCAACAUGUUCCACUGGAAUGGCUACAGGUUCAUUUGUCUAUCAAGAGGAAGGAUUAUCUAAGAAAGGAAAACAGGCAAGUGGGUCUGGUAUGGGUGUCAAAGCAAAGAGAGAUGCGGACAAGAUCAAGAGACCAAACAAAGUAGUAGGUGCUUCCAACAGACCUAAAGUCAUUAGGCAAGCGAAGACCGAUCUAUCUGGGGGGCCAGAUGGCAGGAUUGCACCAACUCUACGGAAAACAGUAUCUUCUGUCAAGCCAGAGACUAAACAGAGGAUGACACCUGUAAUUCCUAGAGUAGUCAGGAAAAAAGCUACAUCGGCGAGCAAGGACCAUGAUGCAUCUGUUCAACGUGCCACCUCGAUAAAAAUCAAGAAUCUCUCUUUUAAAGCUGCAUCCCAAUCAACUUCUUCAGGAGGACUCACUCAUAGGAACAAGAAGAUAACCCAAGUUUCAAGUCAGCCAGAUCGAAGGGAGAAAGUACUGGGCCAGUCAUUAUCUUCUCGGUCGCUGAAGCCUCAUACUAGUAGAGUCUCGACCACAAAGUCAUGGAUACACAGGAAUGUGAGGCCUGCCUCCCAAGUGAAAAAUGAAACAAGAUCUGGAAAACCAGCAAAGAAGAAAGAAGCGUCAAGUGUUAGUGAGCCGAAAUCUGAGAAAGUAAAUCUCAAGACUACGAAGCAAAAUCUGAAGAAGCACAAUUCGCAUCCAUCAGAUGAGAAAGAUUGCAACUCUGGGCCUAAAUUAGGUGAAGUGAGUAAAUCUGGUUUGCAAAAAGCUGUAACACAGAGAAUGUCUAGUGUUAUUUCAAAGGGUGAAAUCCAGAGCAAAAAUAGAAGAACUGCAACUGUUGACUCGGGAGAUAAAAUUUCCACGGCCUACAAAUUAAAGUUCAGCAGAGGUAAGGUUAUUAGCUUGCAACAUGAGAACAAUGCUCCAAGAAUACUCAGAUUUAGGUUGGCUAGAACAACAAGCAACAAGAAAAAUUCUAAAGGAGAUGUACAGACAAAGGGCUACAGGAGUGGGCCAGGGCCAGGUUCCGGUGGCUCAUAUACCCCUGUAUCGAGAGCACCUACUGUUGUUUUGAGACAUCAAGAUGUGCGGGAAAAGAAAGACACAAAAGGUUUGUUGAAUCAGGUGAUCGAGGAAACUGCAAGUAAACUUGUUGAGACCAGGAAGAGCAAGGUGAAGGCCCUGGUUGGUGCUUUUGAAAGUGUCAUCUCUCUCCAAGAAAGCAAAGGAGCUUCGCUUGCAGCUCCAUGAAUUCUUUGUGAUGCUUAGUUUUGGCGACUGUUUGGCAUAUAAAUUUCUACCUGCGGUAUUGAAUCUUUAGGAGAUUGGAUUGCAAAACAAUAUGCAACGAACAGAAGGUUUCCAUAUGUAUCAAGAAACAGGAAUAAACUUGAGAAUAGGCUCAACAGGCUUAUUAAUUGUUCAUAGAAAUUCUGUCCCUUGUUUUCCUACUUGGGUAAUAAUUGGACGUUGCAUGUUCCAUACUCAUCAGAUCCACAUAUUUUUAGUGGUUGAACAAUAAAUAAGUUGUGUAUUCUUUUGUUC